AUCUUUUUCUCGGUUUCUCUCUACUCAGUUGCUUCUAAAUUUUUGUGCUUUCUCAUCGUAUACGAUCUUACUAUCCUCUGUUUGGUCGCUUUGGAUUCCGUGACUGAGGAAACUAAAACGAGAACGUCUUUAUCACGUAAUGAAUGGUCAAGAAAGCCAUGUUUUCGACGAGGGAUUCUGAAGAGUCCAUCUUUUGAUUCAUGGCCAUUACGCAUAAGCAAUGGCUAAGUGUGAUGGGAUUUGUGUGUGUGUGUGUGUGUGUGUGUGUGUGUGUGUGUGUGUGUGUAAUUUGUGGUAUAUGAAGUUGUGGUUCUUAUGGUGCCAAGGAAGUGUAGUGGCUUAGUUUGAGUUGGUGUAGUAUGCGAUGAUGCUGUACUUCUCUGAUUUUGUGUUGAUCCUGUUUUGCAUUUCGUGUUCUGGUAUGAGUUCCUUGUUCAUCUUAUGAUAUAGUUGGACUGAAUGUUCUUGUUCGCUCUUCAUAUUUUUCGUGGGCACCACGGUUUUUAUUGGGGUUUUACUAGUGUAUCCGAGUGGAUCUUGCAUCACUAAUCCCGUAUCUAAUUGCACAUUCUUUUUACAUUCUUGAUUGUUGGACCUCAGCAUUAACAAAACGCCUAUCCUUCGAUUGCAGAAAAGCCCCCCGGACAGUUUAUCCUGCACAGAUGAGAACCAUACGAUAGUUCUUAAGCUCUCUAAAAGAGACCCUCUAUUUCACAAAAAGAAGGUCAGGGUUUGCACAGAAAUUACUGCAAAGCAAGGGAUACGAUGUGGAAAUGCAUAUUCAGCUCAAGAGUGCUUCGCAUUCCAAAUGGGCGCGCACUACUGCUGAAUCAAUUCUCCAAGUAUCAAGAAUUAUGCACCUGGAUGAGGCUGAACUCUAUUUUCGCGAGGAUGGUAGCUGCUCACCGACGGGAUACUACACCCAGAAAAAUGAACUGGAAGCUCUAAAUUCGAUGCUUUGUUAUGUCAACAGCUCAUUUCUGGAUGAUACUUGCUCUCACAAGGACGUCCUGCGAGAUUUACAGGAAGCAAUUAUUCAGCUGAUCUGUGACUUUGGGGAUAAAAACAUUACAGAAACCACAGUCAUCAACUCCCAGAAUUGUGACAAGGAAAACUUUCUAGUACAGUGGGGUGAAAAAAGUGGUGUAAAAAACAGGUUGCAGAUAGCUUAUAUUGAGGGGUUUGGAAGGGGGGCCAUUGCUGUCACAGAUCUAAAAGUUGGAGACAUUGCUUUAGAGAUUCCUGUCUCUGCUGUUAUUAGCGAGGAUGCUAUGAAGAAGUCUGACAUGUUUCCGACAUUGGAAAAAGUUGAUGAUGGCAUUUCAACAGAGACAAUGCUGUUACUGUGGAGUAUGAAGGAGAGAUACAAUUCUUCUUCAACAUUCAAGAAUUACUUUGACACAUUGCCGGAAGAAUUUAACACAGGAUUGAGCUUCGGCGUCGAUGCAAUUGUUGCUUUGGAUGGGACACUGUUAUUAGAAGAACUAAUCCAAGCAAAAGAGCAUUUGAGGAAUCAAUAUGACGAACUUUUUCCUGCCUUAUGCGAAGAUCACCCUGACAUAUUUCCUCCAGAGCUUUAUACAUGGGAACAAUUUUUAUGGGCUUGCGAACUUUGGUAUUCUAACAGCAUGAAGAUUCAGUUUGCUGAUGGAGCACUCAAGACUUGCCUAAUCCCCAUUGCUGGAUUUCUUAACCAUUCGCUGUAUCCACAUAUCACACAGUACGGCAAAGUUGAUUCUGCAACAAACUCUUUGAAGUUUAGCAUGUCUAGACCAUGUCAUGCGGGAGAACAGUGCUAUCUAAGCUAUGGGAACUUCUCCAGUUCGCAUCUAAUUACCUUUUAUGGAUUCAUGCCUCAAAUGGAAAACCCGUAUGACAUCAUCCAACUGGAUAUAGAUGGUUCUCAGGAUGUUUGUUCUGGUGAACUUGACGCGUCCAGUGGGACAACUCAUAUGGUCAGGGGAACUUGGUUUUCAGACAACCAUAGCAUCUUCCAUUAUGGCUUGCCAGCUCCCUUGCUGAACCAUCUUAGAAGUGCUCGGGAACUUUUCCUGGAUGCUGUUUCGCCUCUGCCGGAGAAGCUAAACAUUGAAAUUGAGAUACUGGAGGACCUCUGCUCGACUUUCAGUGGGAUGAUGGAAAACCUUGGUGAGGUGGAUAGUGAGUCCAGGGAGAACAUGGAUUGGGAUGUGAAGCUCGCGGCGGAGUACAAAAAUCUUCAGAGGAGGAUAAUUUCCUCGAUUUUGAGCUCAUGUUAUGCUGGUCGCAAGUUGGUUGAGGACGAACUUUGUAAAUCGAUGGCCAAGGACAGCGGCAGCCCUAGUUAGUAGAAAGAGGUCACUUGAAAGUGUCGCUCUUUACCAAUCAAACCUCGUCUUCUAACCGAAGAAGAUUGGGGGUUGGAACCUAAGAGGCUGACCUCGAGAGGAUGCGACAAUGAUCUCUUAUCUCAUGCCUCAAUACAUUUCAUUGUUUGGCACACCUUGAGAGCUACCAGUAUCAAGUGUCUUGAGCAGUAAAAUCUUGCAUUUUGGAACUCGUAGUCAGCACGAAGCGCCGAAGUUUGGCAAUGUUCUCCGGUUGUCUGCUAAAUCAAGAUAUGUUGCUCGUGAGGAUUUCACCUGUAAAAAGUCCGGAGUUUUUCGGUGGCUGCAAACAAGCAGGAUACAUAAUUGGAAAUUCGAUCUUGACCAGGUGGGGUGGUAUAUUUCAUCUGGUGCGGCGAAAGCUGGAAGGAACAAAAAGUUAACAAAUCCGGGGGACCGGACCCUUUCUUGUGGGAAAUAUUCCCAGCAUGUUCUGGAAUUUUUUUGUUCGAGUUUUCUCAGCUUGGCAGGAGCAAAGCCAUGUUGUUCCCUCUGUCUCUCUCUCUCUCUCUUUGUUCUGUAGGCAUUUUUGCCAAAAACAUUAUGCAGAAAGUCUUGCUGUUCCAGGGAGGCAUAUCUCAUUCAAAUGCUCAUUCCAUUUCCUUGUUUGCAUCAAGAUGCAGCAUGGGCCACAAUUCUAGGUAUCGUCAAUGGGCAUGUGCGACAGCCUUUACACGUGUGAUUCAUGGCUGGUGUUUUUCCUGUAUUUUGUCUUUUAACUUUUGGUCGGAUGUAGUAGUUUAAUGUUUAGGUCCGGCACUUUCUGUGGUCUGGAGAGGAGAGAGGCAUAAUGUCAGUAUUUUAUUUUGAUUUUUUUUUUUUUUUUUGGCUUCUGUUGAGACUUCUGAAAUUAUUUUAUGGUUGGAUGGGACAAUUGUAUAUAGGAAGACAUGAUUUCGGAAAUAUAAUCAUGUGGCAAACUCAAUUU